UGGAUAUUGGUGUCUCUGCCUCUGAAGAAAGCACCAGAAGAAAAAUGGAUUCCUUUGUGGACUCUACAGUGGAGGUUGUACCGCUUGAUAUGUACGAUUCCUUCAGGGCUAAAAUUGCUGCGAAUUUACAGUGGAUUUUUGCAAAGGCUUAUGGACUUGAUAAUGUUCCCGAGGAGCUAAAGGACGCGUUUUACAUUGACCAGUAUGAGCAGGAACACAUCAAACCACCUGUCAUCAAGCUUCUACUCUCAAGCGAGCUCUAUUGCCGUGUCUGCAGCCUCAUCCUCAAAGGGGAUCAGGUGGCUGCCUUGCAGGGCCACCAACCUGUCAUUGAGGCUUUGUCUCAGAAAGGGAUUUAUGUCAUGGAGAGUGAAGACGCACCUGUGUCCGAAGCUGACCUCAGCUGCGCCCCAAUCAAAAUGAGUGCCCACAUGUCCAUGAUUGAUGCGUUGAUGAUGGCAUAUACUGUGGAAAUGAUCAGCAUUGAGAAAGUAGUUGCAAGUGUCAAGCGUUUCUCCACAUUUAGCGCCUCCAAAGAGCUUCCAUACGAUUUGGAGGAUGCUAUGGUUUUCUGGAUUAAUAAGGUAAACCUGAAAAUGAGGGAGAUUCUGGAAAAGGAGCAAAGGUUAAAACAGCAAAUAAUUGAGAGCCCCAGUCAUCAAAAGGUGCGUUACCGCCGGGACCACCCAUCAAACAGACACCUUCCUUUUUUCCCAUUACUUGAAGAUUUAAUGAAAGAUGUUAGCGAUGGAGCAGCCCUCCUGACCGUCAUACACUUCUACUGUCCAGAACAGAUGAAACUUGAUGACAUCUGUUUAAAGGAGGUGCCAUCAAUGGCUGACAACCUGUAUAACAUCCAGCUCCUAAAGGAAUUCUCCAGCGAAUACCUAAACAAGUGCUUUUACCUGACCUUAGAAGACAUGCUCUAUUCCCCACCAGUUCUGAAGCCUAACUUUAUGGUGUUUAUCGCUGAGCUCUUUUGGUGGUUUGAAAAUGUGAAACCUGACUUUGUUCAGCCCAGAGAUGCUCAAGAAUUGAAAGAAGCUAAAUCAGUAUUGUGCCAGAAGAGCAGUAGACCUCAGAUUCCAAUUUCCAAUGCUACAAAGCGAAGUUUCAUGGCAAGUCCGUCAACCACAGUAGAUUCUCACAUCCAGAUACCAGUCCAGAUACCAUACUUGGGCAAGUAUCAUUACUUGUACUUGCAAAAAUGGUAUCUCGGGAAAAGCAGCACCGCAUUCAGUCCAUCCCAUCCGCUCUUGCCCUUAAGACAGAAGCAGCAGAAGACUGUACAUUCAGACGAGAGUCCUAGUCACAGAGAUCGUGCUAAUUCUUUGACACAAACUGAUGUGCCACCUCGAUCAUCAGUGCUGGCUUGGGCAGAGAAAAAGCCAAGGCCCCUCUCCCAGCCUCCGUUUGCCCUUCACUGUGCUGAUGAUGUUGACGUGGCCUCCGGAGACAGUAUUAGCCUUGCACGGUCCAUCAGCAAGGACAGCUUGGCUUCAAACAUCAUAAAUGCCACUCCUAAACACCAUAUGCCUAUUUCAUCUGCACCUAUCAGUUCAAGGAGCCUUCUAGGACAUGUAGACAUGGAGGACGAAGAGGAAGAACUUGUUGCAUAUAUUAGAUCAGGUCACACACCAGAUCAAGGAGACCUUGAAUUACAGAGCUUCUCUUCACGAACUGCUAGUCAGCAGACAACAGCCAGGUCUCCAAGGAGGCCACAACCAGAUGUUGAAAAAACGGACAGCUUCUUCUUAGAACCUCUAAUGCCUGCGGUCCUUAAACCUGCAAAAGAAAAACAAAUUGUCCUUAAAAGGGACGAGUAUGGUGAAGGCAAGCCAAAGGGAUUUGGUCCUAGAUGUGAAAUUGAAGGCACUACUCAAUCUUUUCCCCGAAGAAAAAUCACUACUAACCACACUGCACAUGAUUUGAACAGAACUUAUACCCCUGUCUGUAGUUCAGAGUUUCCAGCCACAGAAAGUCCUAGGAUAGAACCUUUACAAGCAUCCUUGGAAAGCGUUACUGGGUCUUUUCGGCCUCUUGCUUCCAGUAGCGUUGAUCCAUCUGUUGAACCUAGUAGUGGAUUUUUCCUUCAUGAUUCUAAUUCAGACGAUGAUGUAAAGCUGGCGCAUCUCCUUCUAGAUAACGUCAAAGUUCCAGAAAGCACAUGGACGUUAUCAAGGCAAGACUCUGACUCAGACAAUCUCGAUCUAGAAGAAGAGUGUGACCAAGCCCUCCCUCCACCUCCUCAUCCGGUAUGCAAAUACAUUGGUGAAGAAGAGUCUGCUAAACUGCAGGAAGACAUGAAAGUAAAGGAGAACGAUGACAAAGAUGAUGGCAGUGGACGCUCUAGUCCCUGUUUAAGCACCAUUUCCCAAGUCAGCAGUGUCUCAUUGGCUAGCGGCAGUGUACGAAUGACUAGUUUUGCAGAAAGAAAGUUUCUAAGACUUAAUAGCUAUGAAACAAAAUCUAGUACCAGCAGUUCACAGAAAACCACCCCAGAUGGUUCUGAAUGCUGCCCUACUCCACUGACCACCUGGAAGCAACGGAGGGAACAGAGUCCUGGGGGACAAAACAAAGACCACGUCAAUAUCUUAGCUUCUGAACUGAUACAACUUCACAUGCAGCUGGAGGAGAAGAGGAGAGCCAUCGAAGCUCAGAAAAAAAAGAUGGAGUCGUUGUCAGCGCGUCAGCGUUUAAAACUGGGUAAGGCUGCAUUCCUGCAUGUCGUGAAAAAGAGUAAGCAUGAAGGAAGCUCUCAUCCAUUUAGGCCAGAACGUUCACUGAAGGACUUCACCAAGCAAAGUGUAGAUGAGGCAGACGCAGUAACCAUCGCCUCUAAAGCCGAACAUGUCCUCGAAAAAGUGGACCUCCCAAACGAAGUUUCCAAACAGCCAAAGGUUCAAGAAGUUUUAGAACAGAAGCCGAAAGGGCCCAAUUUGGAUGAAGGUGACGUGUGUAAUGUGAUAGCUGAUGGUAGCCCCGAUGAUGCUGAUUCUGAAGUUGAUGUGAAUGAGUGUAACCUCUCGAUUGAAAAGCUGAAUGAGACGAUAAGCACCCUACAGCAGGCAAUACUCAAAAUAUCCCAACAGCAAGAACUGCUCAUGAAAGCCCCGGCCUCUGUGCUUCCAGCGCUCAAGAAUAAUAGCCAGGACCUCAAAUUAAACCCACCUGUUCACUUUGUGGAGCCCCUUUCUCCACCAGGAGCUGGCACAGGACCUCGUAAAAACCGUUUUGGUCAGGGUCGAACCCCACGUUCUUCUCGAGCCUCUGAACAUAAAAUGUCUAAAGAAAAAAUGCAGAACUCUUCCCGUGUUAUAACCCCAACUCAGAGCAUAGAGACCUUACCUCAUUUAAAACCGAUUCCAGCUGUAAAAUCGCCCAUCACCCCUUCAGCCGACAUUGCAUCAGAUCAAAGUGCAGAGCAAAUCGAGGGGCAUUCUGAUAAACCCUCGGGUGCCUUCCGGCUACAUGAGGAAGUCUACCAGCGGACAUUUGUUCUUUCCACUUCCAAAGAUGCCAAUAUUAUAUCUGAACAAGCGCACAAGGACAUGCGGGUGGCUUGUGUGGGCUCCUCGGAGAAUUCUGGAAAAGAAAACGUUCCGGUUGAUGAGCGGCUCAAGAACAAGUCUAGCCUGAUAGAAGUUGACCUUUCUGAGCUUAAAGAUCCAGAAGAAGAGGAAGGGACAGAUAAUCCAGAGAAGUCCACAGAUAUCAUUGGGGAGGAUCAGAAAUCUGGUCUCGGGUUUUUCUUCAAAGAUGACCAGAAAGCAGAGGAUGAGCUGGCCAAGAAGCGAGCUGCCUUUCUGUUGAAGCAGCAGAAGAAGGCAGAGGAGGCCCGUCUAAGGAAACACCAGCUGGAGGCCGAAGUUGAAUUAAAGAGAGACGAAGCCCGCCGAAAAGCUGAGGAAGAUCGGAUACGAAAGGAUGAGGAGAAAGCCAGAAGGGAACUCAUCAAACAGGAGUAUCUGAGACGGAAGCAGCAACAAAUAUUAGAGGAACAAGGCUUAGGACGUCCCAAACCUAAACCUAAACCCAAACCCAAACCCAAAAAGCCUCGCCCGAAAUCUGUCCAUCGAGAGGAAUCCUACAGCGACUCAGGAACCAAAUAUUCCUCUACACCUGAUAACUUAAGCAGCGCACAGUCUGGCUCUAGCCUGUCAUUGGCAUCUGGUGCAACUACAGAAGCUGAAAGUGUCCAUUCAGGCGGAACGCCAUCACACAGAGUGGACUCUGUGGAAGCUUUGUCACUGGGAAGCAGACACCAGAGCAGAAAUGCAGAGCGUGAUUGGGAGAAUGCAUCCACUGCAUCAUCUAUAGCAUCUGUGGCGGAAUAUUCAGGUCCAAAACUCUACAAGGAGCCAAGCAGCAAGUCCAAUAAACCAAUAAUCCACAAUGCUAUAUCACACUGCUGCCUGGCCGGGAGGGUGAAUGAUUCACAGAAGAACCAGACUUUAGAUGAGCUAGAAAAGUCUGACUCCAACCACUACAUCAUCCUGUUCCGUGAUGCCGGAUGCCAAUUUCGAGCACUUUAUUCCUAUUACCCCGACUCUGAGGAAAUCUGCAAGCUGACUGGAACAGGCCCAAAGAACAUCAACAAGAAAAUGAUCGACAAACUAUACAAGUACAGCUCGGACAGGAAACAGUUUACCGUCAUCCCCGCCAAAACCAUGUCUGUGAGCGUCGAUGCACUGACUAUCCAUAACCACUUGUGGCAAGCCAAACGACCCGCGCUGCCAAAGAAGACUCCCCUGUGCAAGUAAUGCUUCGCUGACAAGAGGUAACUGACCACCCUGGCUUUAGAGACCAUGUUUAUGCCUUCAGCGGAUACAAAUUCUGCAGCACUUUGAAUGUUUUCUUCUUUCUUUUUUUCUCACCAAAUGGAAUUUUAA